GCCCAGAGUUACAGAGAGUAGAAGCCAAUAGCAGGCAACAAAGAGAAUAAAAGGAAGGGAACUUUGCUCUCUUAAUUUAUUUUUUCUCCUUCAUUUCUCCUCUGCUCUCUUCUCUUUCCGUGAUCAUUUUGGGACCACGCUUCCUCCCAGCCAGACCAUUUUGCUCGGUUUGGGUAUUUUUUUGUUGUUGAUUUUUUUUUAAUUUAUUUUAUUUUCAAAUUUGUGUCUGCGGCAAGAAAUCAGUGUGAAAGCCAAGUGAUCUGGGAUCUAUUCGAGGGGAAGGAAGCACCAAGCCGUCUUGGGCGCUAGCUGCUCUUCCUACUGCGGGGGGGGGCUGUGAGGGGGUGGCGGGUCCCGGCUGCAGACAGGGGGUGACUGUAGCUUUAGCCUCCUGAGCUCUGUUAGCGGGGCGAGCGGCUGGGGCUUGAGCCUCCGUGGCAGGGCUCUGUGCUGGGCUCCCCUCGCCUGUGAGUCCCCCCUCGUGUGGCGGGGGCGGCUCUGCCCCGGGCGAGGUGCGCGUGUGGCUGCGGCUCUGUCCCUCUCCUGCUCCUCGUCCCCUCUGCAGCCUCCCCCCACCCCCCUGCGCUUGUUGCUAUGGUGGCGCGGCUCUGCGCGCUGUGGGCAGUGGCCGCGCUGGCGCUGCUGAGCCGGCGGGCGGUGGCGGUGGGGCCGGUGGUGCGGUGCGAGCCCUGCGACGCGCGGGCGCUGGAGCAGUGCAAGCCGCUGGCGCCCGAGUGCUCCGAGCUGGUGCGGGAGCCGGGCUGCGGCUGCUGCUUGACCUGCGCCCUGCAGGAGGGGCGCCCGUGCGGGGUGUACAGCGAGCGCUGCGGGGCCGGCCUCAGCUGCCAGCCGCGCCGAGGGGAGCUCAGACCCCUGCAGGCGCUGCUGGAGGGCAGGGGGCUUUGCACCAACGUGACCACGGGCAGCAAGCUGCGGACCUUCCUGCUGCAAGGACCACAUGUUCCAGGAAAUUCCAGUGAUUCAGAAGAAGACCAGAAUGCCAGUAGCAUAGAGAAUCAGGCCAUCCCUAACUCUCACAGGGUGUCAGAUUCCAAAUCACAUCCACAUCACACCAAAAUAGAUAUCAUCAGGAAAGAACAAGCCAAAAAUACACAGCGGUACAAAGUGGAAUAUGAUUCACAAAGUACAGAUACACUGAAUUUCUCUUCUGAAUCCAAACAAGAGACUGAAUAUGGUCCCUGCCGUAGAGAAAUGGAAGAUACAUUAAAUCACCUAAAGAUCCAGAAUGUCUUGAGUCCAAGAGGAUUCCAUAUUCCAAAUUGUGACAAGAAGGGAUUUUACAAGAAAAAGCAAUGCCGCCCAUCCAAAGGCCGAAAGAGAGGCUAUUGCUGGUGUGUGGAUAAAUAUGGACAGCCACUUCCUGGAUAUGAUGGGAAAGGAAAAGGAGAUGUCCACUGCUACAACUUGGAAAGCAAAUGAGGGGCUGGUGCCAUCUCCUGUGGAAUCUGUGUGUGGCAGUUCAACCCAUCAGAGACCUUGGAGGGGCUGGGGAAAAAGCAUGGACUGCAUUGGACUUGGAGUUACGAGUUCUGCCUCCUACUGAUAUUGGGGGAUUCAUUGACUCUAUGGACUCUGCAGCUGCACCCUGUCACUGACACACUUCCUGCUUUCUAUAGAACAUAGGGAGCUCUGAAUUCCCAAGUAAAUCUGCACUAUUUAUCCCCAGAAAGAAAAAAAGGCACUUCAGAAUGGAUUCAGGGAGUCUCCACUGACUUUUUAAAAUAACGGCCUGUGACCAAUUUGAUCCCGAAAGAUACUGUGUUUUAUUUUAAAGAAUUUAUAGAUUGUAAGCUUGUAAAAAUAUAAAAAAAAAACCCCAAGGAUUUAAAGUUUAAGCUUUUUCUAUACAGGUCUGACGGGACACUUAUCUUCACGGGUAAAAUGUUUUAUAAAAAUCUCAAAGAACUUUUUAAAGAAACGUGUUUCUAAAAUAAAGACAUGGCUAUUUUUUUCUGUAAAGUAUAUUAUGAA